UCCUAGUCGGUAUGUAGAAUUUUAUCUAAAAUUAUCUCCACACGCCCCUAACCGGCCCUAGCUCACGCAGCUCACGAAACCCAAGCCUCUUGCACGGAACAGAACCUCUCGCCGGCAAAGCCCUGCCGGCGCUCUUGCCCGCCGACACCCUUAUCGCCGGCACACUUUUCCUCGGUGAAGCCUCCCCUCACGGUCCGAUGAUCGCCUUUCGGCCACUCUACCCCUUCCUCUCUCUUUUCAAUUCAGGUGAUUUGUUUUGUUAGGGUUUAGGGCUCCUCCGGCGGCAUUGAGGCUACCUAUCUCCCUGAUAUGCUCCUCCGCUGCCGGAGGGGCGUUCAAUGAUCUGGUUCCUGCGGCUCCUCGUCCGAUCUUGAGGUUUUGAAAUGGUUGGCAUCUGUUUUUGCAUGAAGUGUUCUUUAAAAGAAAAUGCAAAUGUUAAGAAAUCUGGAACAGGGAGAGUUUGUGAAUGAGGACACAAUGACAUGAUGAUUUUUCUCGAAAAUUGCAUAAAAAAUGAAUGAAAAAUGUCUUCUAUUAACGGAUGCCUAGAGCCUUCAACAUCUUUGAUAUCUCGCUUGUGAGAGAUAUAAACUCGCUAGUGCGGAAAUUUUGCAAAUUUUAUCAUGGAAUUCUGUAACAGUAAACUUCCACGAUGUCAUACGAAUUCCAUUUUCUGGAAAAUAUUUAUCUUGUUUUCGGCCAUUUUUCUAUUGAGGGCAUUAUUCCUUUCUCCUGUUCCUUUCUUCCAUUGGUUACAACAGAGUGGUUCAUGGACACCGGAUUACAGUUCUUCGCAUCAGCAUGCAGUUAGGAGAGACAAGUUUCUGGAGGUCCCUCAGAUAAUCUGGGGCCUAAACAACCAGAAAAUAGCUUUUGCAAGGGCCUGCUUGACUGCAGCAUUGUUGAACAGGACACUCUUAAUGCCUAAUCUGAGUGCUUCUCUAAUUUACAAAGAAAUUGAUCUAUUAAAGCCCAUUUCUUUGGAUAAAAUUUUCAACUUUGAAAGGUUCAACUCUCUCUGUGACGGUUUCGUCCGCCUGGGUCGCUACUCCGAUCUUCACAACCGAACCGACCCUUUUGUGCUCCGUAAGGGAAGCGGUCGGAAGUGGUCUAAGGAGAGAGAUUUGAAUCAAUUAUAUCAGUGCAAGGAAGGUUCAAUAGAUAAAUUUGAAGUUAUUAAGGUUGAUGGGAAGCAUCCAUUUCUCUGGCAUGAUCAUUGGCCUGUAAUGAGCUAUGCUAGGAUAUUUGAGUGCCUGACAUUAGUGGAUGAGAUAGAAGCUGAUGUCUCAGCUGUUAUGUCCAGGAUCAAAGCUAAAGGAAGCUAUUUUGGUAAUAAUCUUAGCAUGUCAGUCUCAUCCCAAAUUUCCUUUCCCUGCAUGGCUAUUCACAUGAGAAUAGAGAAGGACUGGAUGUUGCACUGUAAGAACCUCGAGGAGCGAUCAAAUAUACACCAAAUAUGUAGCAGUAAGAAGGAGAUAAUGGACCGGGUUGCGAGAAUUAAAGGACUAAACUUUCCAAUUGUGGUUUAUCUCGCUGUCGCUGAUAGCCUUUUGGAAGAUAAUUCAAUAUUGAGGGGCUGGAGGGAAGGGUUGCUUCCGUUUGAGAAGAAGAGGUUGGGGGUUUGGAACAUAUAUACUAAGCAUCCUUAUCUCAUACAAUCUGCAAUUGAUUAUGAGGUUUGUUUGAGAGCUCAAGUCUUCGUUGGCAACAGCUUUUCGACAUUUUCGAGUCUUGUAGCUCUUCACCGGACACAAAUUUUGGUUAAAAUGGGAGUUAGAAGUAUAUGCGCUGAUUCAAUUUUUGCGUCAUAUGCUUAUAAUAUUUUAGGAGAUUUUGGUGCGCCUAAGAAGUGGAUGACAGAUAUGUCAGCUCCAAGCCUUCAUACCCUCAGUUAUGGGACAAAUAAUAUAUCUUGUCAGGUUUAAGAGAAGCAAAGAGAUUAGAGAAAAAUGUCAAAAUGGUCCCUUUGCUUUUUGAAGCGACUCAUUUUAGUCCCAAAGUCUAUGAAAAUGUCAACUUAGGAAUUAUGGGAGCUAAAAGUCUUCCUUGGAGAUUAUUUGAGCCCAUAUCAAAAAAGGUCUAGGGAAUAAUUUGACAUUUUUAUAGACUUUGGAAUUAAAAUGGUCACAUGUAAAUAGUUGGGGAUUAUUUUAAGAAAUUAUGUGAAGGAGAAGCAAUUUUAUCUUUUUGAUACUAUAAAAUAGGGAUCAAGAGUCAAACAAAAGAUUAUUGAAAGCUGGAUGGUGGUGUGAAAUCCAUAAUCUGUGCAAGGAGUCAGACAGCUUUAAGCAGCUUUUAUGUUGGUGGGUGUGAUUUAAUAGAUUCUGCAGCAUUUUCUAGGAAUUUUUAUAUUGAUUUCAAGAACAAAAUUAAUGCCAUUUGGUACUGAAUUGAUCCAGAUUGUUUCAUUUGUGCUUAUUUAUGGUGUGUUUCACUUUUCUUAUGUAGAGAAUGUGAAGAUACAGUUUCAGAGGGUAUAUCUGUUAUCUAAAGUGAAAGAUUUGAUUGUUAUAAGAGAACAUGUAAGGAAAAAAAAAAGGUUUAUCCUAUCAAGAAAUACA